AUGGGUAUGUUGUCAUAAAUGAGUAUGUUGUCAAACAGAAGUUUAGUUUCGUACUUCACAAUGGAGACUCGAAAAUUACAAGAACAGAUCAAAGGGUCUGUAAAAUAUCGUAAAAAGGCAACAUUAACAUUAGCUCCUACUCUGCUUCAACCAAGUUCUCACCUAGCGGAUUUAGCAUGUUAUGCUGGUGUCAAAAUGAGUCCAAAAAUUUUCCAGAUUUUGUUGGAACUACUCCAAAUGGGUGUGCAUCCUGUAGCAUUGGCAAAAAUGUUAAAAGCAAUGUGUUCUCAAAACAGAGAAGUAACUCCCAAGACUGAGUACAUGGUAGGGAAACCGAAAGAACCAGCAGCUAAAGGCCCUGCUGCUCGACCAAAGGAAAAUGUAACGAGCAAAACUACGAAAGAGAAGUCAAAAAAGCCAGUUCCAAGUACAAGGUUUCACAAUGCUACUUCCACUCAGUUCCAGUCUGCUAACGUAAAUUCUGGUAGCAGUGCAAACCUGAAAAAAAAGUAAUUGUGUCAAUUAUCUGGCAUGUGAAAGGUACCUCCAUCAGAUUGGCUGAAAGAUAAAACAACAAUUUUAAAGGCAUUAAAUUAACCAAGUAAUCACAGUCAUGAUCAAAAUGGAAUGAUUGAGAUUUGUAAAAAAGAUAAAGAGACACCUCACAUCUUCCUAUCAUAUGAUUCACCUCAGCACUCUAAUUUUGAAGUCAGUUAACUGUCUGUAGCUCAUCCUGUUUAAACCUUUUACAUUCAGAUUACUCUGUCAUAUGAUAUGCUUAUUUAUUUACAUUGUUUUGAACAAUUCAUGCAUUAUUUCGUAGCUUUGAGAUUUUGAUGAUGUAACUGUUUAUUUUUAGGAUGACAUUGUAAGGUAGAUGUGAGUAGCUGGGUCUGGUUGAUUUUAGUAUAAAAACAGGUAAAAUAUUUGGGCUGGAUAUAUAACUUAUUUAACCCUUUUGCAUUCAAACCAACCACAUCUGGCCAAACUAUUUAGCAUGUUUUAUACUGAAAUAGGCCAGAUCUGGCCUCUCACCUCAACCCUAUAAUGUCAUUCUAAAACUAAACAAUCAUGUCAUUGAAAUCUUGAAGCUAUGAGAUAAUGCAUGAUUAAUUCAAAACAAUAUGUAUAUAAAUAAACAUUACGUUUGACAGUAUAAUCUGAAUGCUAAACAGUUAAAAAGCUUAAAGCUGGUUAUUCAUUGUAGAAAAUGUUUCAGUUUUGACACAUCUGAGACAACUGUGUGAAUGAUAUCCUCUUCCUCCUAGGCACCUCACUUCACAUUUAUCACACGACUGAAGCCAUUAACGUCCCCAUUCCACAAGUCCCAAGUAAUUUAUCCAGAGUUGUGCAAGCAGCAUCACUUCCCAUAAUACAUAGGGGAAAAGUUAAUCACCACUGUAACAUCUGCAAGAUUACUGCCUCUGUGCAUUGCAUAGGAUGCAAGGUUCCCUGCUUCCCAAAUUGAAGAGUUCUCCUUUCCACAAUAUCUCAGCCUAGAUGACUCUCUAAGCAAGACUCCCACCAGAAGAAAUGUCACUUUGUUUUUUGCGUACCACAUUUCCAAUUUUAGAUUGCAUGCACUCAACAAACCUCAUUUCAAGUUUCCUAUUUCAUUUUUAUCCACUCUCACCAUCAUUUAAACUCUGUUACUAAAUGUAAUGUAACUUCUUACUGUUCCAACUCAGCAGAGUGAUUGAAAAUGUCUCAGCAGCUUCAGAAUGAAACCUCCACAAUUCACAGACAUUGCUUUUAUCCAUUGACUAAUUUUAUAUAUAUGUAAAAAAAAAAAAAAUUCUGGAAUAAAUGAUAAACAUUAAACAAUUUUUUAACAUUUA